UGCGUCCAGACUGCUACCGAAACUUUUUUGCUGUUUAAUUUAAUUUAACUAACGUUAAGGUUAUACAACGAGUGAUAUUAGUUACUAACUUAUAUCUAACGCCAGUUGCCCCGACGACGCAACGGUUAGACGAAAGUAAUCCUACAGGAUGUUUUCAGCCAGUGGAUCACAGCGAGUUUCCAGAGGAACGUCUUUCUCUGAAAUCCUCAUGAAGGGUCAUCCAUCAACCUUGAAUAGUCCCACCAAAGACCAGUUAGACCACCAAGGGAAAAAAACAUUUAAACGUGGCUACGCUUCCAAGCCACCAGCUUCACCUCAAGUUCUGAUUGACAAAUACACCCAAGGCGAGUUGGACGCUGUGUCUUUGGUCCAUCAGCUCAGCACCAUCUUGGAGUUCCACCUGGAAAUGAAGGAGACGGUGACCACAGGGAACCAACUAGGGCUUUAUUUUGCAUUUUGUGUGGUCAUUGAUGGGGUCGAGUACACGACCGGCAUGGGCAUAACCAAGAAGGAAGCCCGCCAAAAAGCGGCGCAGCUCGCUCUGCUGGACUUCCUGCCCACCCUUGAAAGUCCAAAGUCUUCACUCCCCGAAGCAUCAGAUGUCCCUCCACCACUGCCAGUAAAAGAGAAGUCCUCCAUUUCUGAUAUGCACCACUCCAGAGCCACUCAUGAAAGGACCUGUUCUGUCAACCUUCAGAUUUCAAACUCUGUCAGAGAUCAGCUCACUAAGCUGAUGAACAGCCACCCGGAGUUCUCUCUUUGUGCAGGAACCACAGCAGCGUUCAUCAUUCAGACCUCCAGCGGUUGCGAGGUGGUCGCUCUGGGCACAGGCAACUUCAAUACCAAAGAGAGUGCGUCGAAGAGUGGGAGAAUCGUGCACGACUCGCACGCGCUUGUAAACGCAAGGAGGUCCUUGAUGAGGUUUCUGUACCGGCACCUGCUGAUGUUCUUCAGCAAGACCGCCAAUCUGACCGAGAAGUCAGUCUUCGAGCAGAGCAGCGGCACCAGCGGUCUCCUCAGCCUAAAGAGCGGCAUAACCCUCCACCUCUAUGUGAACCAACUGCCGAAGGGUGCCGCUCAGAUCCCGUCCCACAUGCGCCUGAACCCGCUCUCCAUCUCGGCGUGGCAAGUCAACAACGAGAUCAGCCUCCACCUGUCGGUUGAGGGAAAGGUGUUCUCGGUUUUCUCGUCGACCUUCGAUCACUCCGCCUCCAAGGUGGUCAGCAUGUCCGCCACGGACAAGCUCACUCAGUGGCAGGUGCUCGGGUACCAGGGGGCCUUGCUCAGCCACUUCAUCGAGCCUGUCUACGUCCAAAGCAUCCUCGUUGGCGACGUCGGCUGCGGUGACAUCCGUGGCAUGAAGAUCUCCGUGAGCCAGCGGGUGGAGGGCGUCACCCCCCAGCUGCCCAUGUUCUACUGCAUGAUGAGGCCCCACAUCAGCCUGGUUCCCGCCGUGGCCACCAACACGGGCGACGGAUGCCAGUUGACCCACGCUAUCAACUGGAGCGAAGGAGACAGCUCCCUGGAGGUGGUUGACGGCCUGGAGGGAAGGACCGUAGAGCAGUCUCCCUUUAAGAGUGGCCCCUCUCUGGCCAGCCGCCUCUGCAAAGCAGCGAUGCUGCACCGCUUCAAGUUGCUGGCUAACGAGGCCCAGAGGCAAGACCUGCUGGCCACGAGCUCUUACAGGGAAGCCAAGCGGAUGGCGAAGCCGUACCAGGAGGCCAAGAACGUGCUGCGUGCGUACCUGUUGCAGCAGGGCUUCGGUCCCUGGCUGGUGAAGCAUUCUGUUAGCGAUAACUUCAAUAUGUGAAUACAAACUUAUCGUGCUGGUUAUUGGUUUCUGUUGUGAACGAGAUUCAGAUCUCAACACCUGUUUAUUUUAUAAGGCGUGUUUUGUUUGGGGAGUUGUGACGAUGGUCUUUGACAUUCAGGGUCUUUCAAAAGAGUACAAAUAUGCAACUGACAAAAAUAAAAUUGACAUUUGUAGAGGCAUUGUUUUCUAGCCCACUAUUAUUCCACUUAAUAAAAAAUCUGAAAAGGAAAAUAAUCAUUUCUAAAGUUACUCUUUUUGUGUGUGCUUUGAGCUUUAGUUUUCAACUCUGAAUGAAUACAAAUCAUCAAAAAGAAAUUAGUCCCAGCUCAAAUUAUGAUGUUCAGCACAGGUUUAUUUGUCAACCCCACUUUUCCUUGUGCUCUGUCUCGUCGCUGCAUAACACUGUGUUUUACAAAGACAUGUUGUUGAUGCAAAUAGUCAAUUUGUCAGGCUUUGUUGAUACACAUGUGCAUGCAGGAAAUGCUAUGGUUUCCUGUGUUGGCGAUGCAGUGAAUCAUUUACUCUUAAAGCAUUGAGGGGCUCCUGUGAAUGGAGUAGUGUGUUUUGCAUCUUACUGGUUGGGGCCACAGAUGGGAUUACCAGUGCAUUGAGGGAGCUUGGGUCCAAGGAUCAAGGCUUCCAGCUGUAUGUACAGCUCCAGGUUUUCUACUUGUUUGUUUGUUUAUUUUUUUUGGAUCACUUAUUACUUUUUGUAUUGCGAUGUUUCUGCUGAUAUUGCAUACUUGUGCUUUUUGCAUUUAUUGAUGAUUCCAUUGACUUGCACAGCAGCACAUGUCCAAAGCAGUAUCCGUGUUAUGUUAACAGGCCAUGUUACUUACUGACUACUGGUACUUGGUAGUAAAUAUUUUGAGUUGGAAAUUCCUUUACUUAGCAUUUCAGUUAUGAGGGAAAUUGGCUGCCUCGUCAUUCAGGGGACAGUCCGUUGUAGAACCGAAGGCCAUGUAGUGUGUGGGUGUCCAACGUCAGGCAGCCAAUCACUGCUGACCUUUAUGUGAAAUAUGACAUGAACAAUUUAGUGCAGAGAUCUCGCCUCAAUCUAAAUGUUGUACCUGUAAUUAAAUCCUGCCCUCUCUUUUCAAUCUUUUGAAACAUUUCAUCAUUUUCUCUGCUAUUGAUGCAGUAUGUUUCACUGAUUUAGUUCCUCCAAACAGAAGCAGUAAAAUAUGAACGAGGGCCCAUCACUGAGGUGACACUACUAGGUUUAGCGAUAAACAGGAUAUGCUACUCUUGAUGUGGUUACAAAGUGAAAACAUUUGAGAGCUGGGCUCUUAGAAGCUGUGCACUUAUGCACAGGAGGACGUGUAACAUGUUCCGCAUGCUGGUAAAUUGUGGCUCUAUUACCUUCUGCAGGGCUUUUCAUUUCUGCCAUUAUUUUGUUGUAGGGUCUAUUGUUAAAUAUCUAAAUAAAAUAUAGAGAA